AUGUACGUAAUAUAUCCUGCGGACGAAGUAGUUUCCCUGACAUACAGCUAUCAUUCGCUGCCACGGCCUCGGCAGCGACCGACACUCGACAUUCUAUUCGAGCCGCCGCCGCCCGCCCCGCCCCCCGCCCCACCCCGAGCCACUCCAGCCAAAACGGCGCCCCCGGAGCCUGCGGAGCGCGCGCCGGCCUCGCCGACGCCGUCGCUCGAGCGGCCGGCUAAGCUGCGCGAGCGCACUAAGGCUAAACUAUUAAAAAAGCUUGGUCGACACGAGAACAAUGAAUUCGGAAAGAUAGUAAGAACGCCAGCACCAGAUGAGUUCGAAUUUCCUGCCCCAUUACCAACGCCCGCUUUCUCGCGGAAGAAUAUAUUUGACAGAGAUUUCGAUGCGCUGUUUGAGGUCGCAAGUACUCCCGAAUUCUGUGCGAACAUUCGUGUAACGACUCCAGAGUCAGAUCGUCGCUCCGAUGUAUCGGCGGCGCAUUUCCCGUCCCCUACCGCCUCCUCGCUUAGCCUGCUACCUCCCCGGCCACAAUCGGAACCUGCACCAAGUUCCUCUCCUACACCCUCCGCCCGUACCUCUUCGAUAUCUACGCCACCAACGCAACGGUCAUCUUUCGAAGGAACAAACUCGAAGCCGAAGAAAGUUAGUUUCUUUCGAAGAAAAUUCAGUCGAUCGAAGGAGGUAUCGCCAUCACCACCUGCAACCAUGCAGCAGCCUUCCAUUGAAAUGGCUCUGCGCGAGCUGACACAUCCAGCUCAUAACGAACAACUGAAAAAUCAACAACAAGUUACUUUCAAGCUAGUUAAAACAGUUUCGGACUUCACGACACAGCUGUCGCAACUCUACGAACGGCAUUCCUCAGAAUUACAACUGUUGGUUGCGGCUUUCCGUAAACGAAACAGUGAUUUAAGAAAAGAGAGGGCGAGCUGUCCGUCUUCUCUCUUCCAUACUUGGGAGACACUGCUUCAAGAGGUGGAGGCGGAUGUGGUGGGGUACAGCAAUGCGGCUUCAUCCCUUGAGAGGGUGGUGGCCACACCCCUAAUUGACAAAACCUUCCACAUGAAAGUACAGGCGAGGAAACUCUUCGCACAUCGUGAGGGCUGUGAAGUUAUACUUGGAAAAGCCGAUGAUCAACUAAACAAGAGUCGUUCGGAUUAUCGCACUGCAUUUCUCAACUAUUGCAACAAUUCGAACCCAACAAAUCUCGCCACGUACUACGACUCUCAUAACACCUACGUGCAACAGCUCACCGCAACAAAUGCGAUGAUCGAACAAUAUCACAAGCACACGCUACCCACAAUAUUGCAGGAGCUGGAAGAGAUUUUGACGGAUGUAACAACCGCCGUCAGCGACGCCAUUUGUCAAGAUGGAGAAAUAAUAAGUGAAAAGAGUAAUAAUCAACUUCGUCGGUAUGAAUCGUUGUGUGCCCAAGCGCGUGCGGUAUCGAGUACUGCGGACCUGGCACACCUCGCGCGCACUCUGCUCACCACCCAGCCUCCGAUGAGGACCCCGAAGAGAGCUUUCCUCCCACCGUACCCUCCUGAGCCUGACGACCCUCCAUUGGAUGUGGCUGCGGAAACUAUGCCGCCAGUACUCCGCGGAGAGAUGUUGCUCGAUAGGAUGGGCGGUGGACAAGCGCGACUCAGCUAUGAGCAGUUACGACAAGACGCCCAAGAUCUCGAGCUUCAAAUUAAACAAUUGCAGGAUGGUCUGGACUCGCUAGCUCGGCACCAAGCUCGCAACAUCGAAAGCAAUAUUUACAGCAAAGUUAAUGAAGUACAAGAGGAAAUUUCUAUUAAAAAAUAUGAAUACCGCGCUACACAACUUCAUCUUGCUGCUGUUAGAGCUCAGGUAAGUGUAAUUGUU